UAAAUAUUUCAGGAACAAAAGGACCCUAAGGGGAAGCAUAACCCAAUGAAGGACCUUAGGAUCCGUAAGCUCUGUCUUAACAUCUGUGUGGGGGAGUCGGGUGACAGACUGACCCGAGCAGCCAAGGUGCUGGAGCAACUCACUGGACAACAACCAGUCUUCUCUAAAGCUCGUUAUACCGUGCGAUCAUUUGGUAUCCGUAGAAACGAGAAGAUCGCAGUCCACUGUACGGUCCGCGGGGCGAAGGCUGAGGAAAUCCUGGAGCGAGGCUUGAAGGUGCGGGAGUACGAGUUGAAAAAAGGCAACUUUUCCGAUACAGGAAACUUUGGCUUCGGCAUCCAGGAACACAUUGACUUGGGAAUCAAGUAUGACCCUGGUAUUGGAAUCUACGGGAUGGAUUUCUACGUUGUUUUAGGACGACCAGGCUUUAACAUCUCGCAAAGAAGGCGGAGGAAGAGCACAAUUGGAGCCAAACACAGAGUCAAUAAAGAGGAGUCCAUGAAAUGGUUCCAACAAAAGUACGAUGGAAUCAUUCUGCCUGGGAAGUAAACCAACACGGAAAAAAAAAUUAAUUUCGAUGUAAAAACAAGUUUCCUCAAUAAUAAACUGUACGCCUGGGAAAGAA